AAUAAUUAACAAAUACUUGUGUUUUUAAAAAACCUGAGAAUGUGAAACGAUAAUAAAGAAAGAAAAAUCUCCCAUACAAAAAGUCAAACAUUUUCCUCUAUACCAGAUGGAAUUGCGACUUUGUGCGAGGGAUUAAUUUUUAAAAAAUCAGAGCGAAAGGUACAGAUACCUACUUUGAAAUUUGGAUUUUCAGAUUUAUCAGAGAAAAUUUUCGAAACCGAUCAUAAUUUCUUCCAUCCCCAAUUUGAAUUUCUAGGGUUUCACAAAUGUCGGAAUCUCAAACCUGUGUGGAGCUUCCAGUGAUCGACCUUUCUCAGCCUUUGAGCGAAUCGAUUCUCUGCUCUCUUUGUGCGGCCUGCAACGAAUGGGGAUUCUUCUACAUCACCAACCAUGGCGUCUCCGACGAAUUUUACCAGAAACUGAUCUCCAUCGCCGAUGAACUGUUUCGUCUUCCUCAAGACACCAAAAUCAAAGUCGGAAUUUCGUCGUACGUGCCGAGAUUUACGGCGUCGCCUUUCUUUGAGAGCUUCAAGCUUUCGGGGCCGGACUUCUCUGCCUCUGCUCAACUCUUGACGGAAGCGCUCCUCGGCCAUCACAAUACUCAAUUUAGCAACUUACUAGAGGAAUAUGGAAGCAAAAUGACURACCUAUCUAAAAGAAUAGUCAAGCUAUUACUAAAGGUCUUGGGAGAUAAUUUCGAAAACAAAUUUUAUGAUUAUGAGUUCAAAAACUGUGAUGGAUAUCUUAGGAUAAACAACUACUCUCCUCGAGACUCCAAUGAAGAAGUUGAAGGGCUUGGGAAACACACUGAUAUUAGCUGCGUGACAAUUCUCUUUCAAGAUAAACUUGGUGGACUUCAGAUGAGAUCUAAAGGAGGAGAGUGGAUGGACAUAAGGCCUUGUGAGAACGCUCUUGUGGUGAACAUUGGGGAUUUUAUGCAAGCUUGGAGCAAUGAGAGGUUGAGAUCAGCAGAACAUCGAGUUGUUUUGAGGCAAAAUGUAAAGAGAUUCUCUAUGGCAUUCUUUUGGUCAUAUGUAGAUGAUGAGGAGAUAUAUGCCCCAAGCGAGGUCGUUGGAGAAGGGAAUGUGAGGCUUUAUCGUACAUUUUCAACAAAAGAGUAUAGGAUGUUCAGGGCAACUGGUGCGAGAGGGACCUAUGAGAAAGUUGGAGCCAAUGUAAAAGAAUUUGCUGGAAUUGUAGGAUGAUAUCUCUUAAAGAUAGUCUCUCUUGAACAUAUGUUUUURCUUUAACGUUCAUAAUGUUAAAUAAUCACAAUAUUUAAAAUCAAA